AUGAACGGUCUCUCCAGAAGACAAGAUUGGGAUGACAGUUACGACGACGACGACGACAAUCAUAAUGGGCACUGGUGGGGCUAUUCGUCCCAGGCUGAAGCAGUCAAAUGGGGUGUCGUUGGGCUCAUUCUCUUGAUCAUCUUCAUAUAUCUCGUUGGAGGCGCCCUGCAUGCAAAGAGGUGGGCAAACAUCAAUCAUUACGAAUACAAUUAUGCACUAACGUCAUUUAAGUGGCUUGUUUCUCGACAUCAAAGAGCUCGUUUCGAACAGCCACCCGUCUCCAUGUACCAACAGGGCUACGGACAUCCUGCAUACGGACAAGAAUAUCCAAUGCAGCCUUAUCCACCACCACCGCCGCCUUAUAACGCGCAGCAACCACCGCCUCCAGUUUAUCAGCCACCAAUGGGAGCAUCCAAGACGGAUCCAAAUCAGACAUUUGGGACGCCUCCGUCCGGACCACCUCCUAGCUGGCAAAGCGGAGGAGAGUCUUCGAGUGCUGCUCAGAAUGCACCUUUGCAUCAGCCCUCGGCAGGUGGCUCCAGUGGACCAAUAAACCCCGUCGAGACCCCAAAGCCCAGCUUCGCAUCUAAGUUGAAUUUGUUCAAGCGAGGCUAG